UUUUGUAAAAGUACAGUCGUACAGUAGCGCCCUUUUUAUUCUCCAUGAACAUGCAUGUGGCGACCUCUGGGCAAACUCAAAAUGUCUGGAAACGCGUCGGCAAAACAAGCGAAUUAUGCUCAGCUGCUCAACGCCACCGUGUUGUGAAAGUUAACCGAGCGAGCAGUUCGAUCACAUGCUAAACUGAUGCGACUCCUGCGUUGCGUUUUGUGUUUUUGCUUUAUCAACUUUUGGAAGGACGACGAGCAGCUGAUGCUGAUGUCUGCCACUCUCGGAAACUGCCAAAGCGGAGUAGAAAGUUGUUGGAAGUGUGCUUAUUGCAUGUAGAAAUGCAGACGCCCUUGUUUAGAACACGUAGGUUUCCACUCGUCGUGCUUCUAGCUUUUCUCAUCGAGCCAGCAAAGUGCCUUGACAAUGGACUGGCGUUAACUCCGCCGAUGGGAUGGAUGUCAUGGGAGAGGUUUCGGUGCAAUAUCGACUGCUACAAGGAUCCGGACAAUUGUUUAAGUGAGAAGCUGUUUAUGAAGAUGGCAGAUCAUCUCGCUGAAGAUGGAUAUCGAGACGCUGGAUAUGUUUACCUCAUCAUCGACGACUGUUGGUCCGAACGACAACGAACUAGCGAUGGCUACCUGAUGGCAGAUUUGGAAAGAUUCCCCCGUGGAUUGAACUUUCUAGCAGACUAUAUUCACAGUAAAGGUCUGAAGUUCGGCAUGUAUACAAACUACGGGCAUUCCACCUGUAUGGGGUUUCCUGGCACUGAGGAUACCGAUAUGGAGAAAGAUGCCGAGAGGUUCGCCUCGUGGAAGAUAGACUACCUCAAGGUGGACGGGUGUCACACGUCGGCAAAGCAGCAGAGUAAAGGUUACACAAGAUUUUCUGAGUACCUGAACAAGACGAACCGUCCGAUUGUGUACUCCUGCAGCUGGCCGUAUUAUGAUUUGUUUCUUAACAAAGUUGAGCCAAACUUUCCUCAGUUGGAGAAAGACUGCAACCUCUGGAGGAACUACCAUGACAUACGUGACAGUUGGUUCAUGAUCGAGUCAGUUAUAAAUUUUUUUGGAGAUAACCAGGAAGUCUUCGCCAAGUAUGCUGGUCCAGGCCAUUGGAAUGAUGCAGAUAUGCUUAUGAUAGGCAACUUCAGGCUAACACAAGAGCAAGCAGAGGUUCAGAUGGCAUUGUGGGCUAUCCUUGCCAGUCCGUUGCUGAUGUCAAAUGACCUAAGGAAGAUCCCAGAAGCAGCUAAGAAGCUACUGCAGCACAAGGAAAUAAUUGCCAUAAACCAGGACCCACUUGGCAUUCAAGGCAAACGAGCCUUCAUGGACAAGGAUGUCAGCGUCUGGCUGAGGCCCAUAACACCUCUGGUAGAGGGCAUGCACUCGUACGCCAUCGCCGUUAUCAACCACAACACAUCAUACUCUGCCCAAGUGUGGCUGCCACUGGAUCAGCUUGGCUUGAACCACACAAAGGGCUACUGGUUCCGGAAUGUCAUUGCCAUGCAGGACCUGGGCACUUACUUGCCACACAAUCGGCAUGAAGCAAGCGUUCAAUCCACGGGUGUCGUCCUACUCAAGGCUGUGCCCAACAGCAGUUGAGUGUCAAGGUCCCACAGUGGCCGGUGUUCAAGUUUUUGUUGUAACAUUUUUCACAAGCACCAAAGGUGGCCAUCAGAUAAAAAAUGCUGCAUGUUGUAGGAACAUUGAACAGCUCUGCACGAGUGCGUUCAUCUGCAACAGAAGAAGUAUUUGCAUUCUUGCAUCUGCACCACAGCGAGCACCACAGCGAGCAGAGGUAGAAUGGCUUCGAUGCAAGAGACUCUGUUGUCCUGUUGUUUUUGUUGCAUGAAUAUCAUGUCUCAUUUUUUGUGGAUAUUGUUGCACAUAUCAUAAUCCAGUCUACAUUAACGAAGGGGGUUAGCUCUUCUCUUUGUAUACAGACAUUUCCCCGUUAUCACAGUUGUUACUGCAUGUUGGUGACCUCUGCACAGCUCGGUGCCUUAAGAAUUAUUCAAAGUACAUCACAUAUGGAACUGUGGACCAGUUUUGUCAAUGCGUGUUGUGGUUUGCAAUGAUGCAGGCUGUAUUAAUAGACUUUUGACUGUUUAAGAAGCUUCUAACUCAUUGAAGUCCAUUCUAUUGCCAGCCGCUGUGCCUCAUUAAAGCAUGUUCACUGCUUUCUGCUAGCAAAAAUGCCAAGUUUUGUUAUACUUGCACUUUUGAAGCAGUCUUGACUUUCAAUGUUGUAGCACUGUUUUAAGUGGACCUUGAAAAUCUCUCUAUAGUAGCGACAAAAAGCUCCAGUUACUAUAGCUUAACAUUAAUUGCAAAGGUUUUAGAUAUCACCAGAAUUCCUUAGUGAUAACGCAUGCAAUCUGGCUCUUGGAAAAGUGCACCAAUCCUCGCAGUGCCAUAAAUUUUUUAAUGCAGUGCUGCAUUUUCCUGCAAUAAACAAAUACUAGAGUGAUGAUAUCGGAAAGUGAAUAGCAGUAUGGCUGCACGAGAUUUUCAUGUGCCGACUGUGAUUCUUUGUGCCUUUUGUGUGACAGACAACUACUGUACGUGACUUGUGUAGCAGCACAAGCGACUGGUGCUCUCUAAGCACAUUUACAGCAUGGUGCAAUGCAAGUAGUCUAACCCAAGCUCAAUUCGGGGAAAUUAGAAGAACAUGUAGGUAAUUUCUGUGUUGCUUACCUGGUCUCGUCUUUCACUACGGUACACUAUUCAAGACCCCAUGAAGCAUCAACAACAUGGUUUUCAGUGUGGUGUCGUCCAGUGCUGGCAUGUUGAUUUGCACUGCGCAAUGACUGCGCUAUAAUUCAGAAUGCAAUUGCUUCCAUUAGGUUAUCAAUCAAAGCAGACAUGCCCAUGAUAACAUGUUUAGUUAUGUGGUGCAAUAUGGUUAAGCCGAUGCCUCUGACAUCAUGCAGAGAAUGUAUCGAAAAAGUGCGACUGCCUCCAAGUUUUUUUAAAGCAUUUGCAGGUGCUUGAGGAGUGGCAGGGCAUUACAGAAGUGAAAAAGGAGUGUUUCUUUUUUAAAAACAUGAAAGCAGAAGAGCUUCCAAGUAUUAAUUUUUCACAUGCACAUCACAUAUCUCCCUGUGUGAGAACUGCAUGAAUUUGAGGACAAAUUGUCGUAGAUGAUAGCGACCAUGGCAGGAGCUAUGCUUCAGAUAGAUAAGGUGAUUUGGAAACAUGCAUAGCUUUCUAUGAUUAAGCAAAAACUAAGUUCGAGAAGCAAAAGGAAGGAUGCACUCUUGCUUUGUCUUAGUCAAUACAGGUCAACACCUCAGUACAUUACAUAAACUGGGUAGAGUUGUUUGUGGACCAUGUGCCUGCCAGCUGAAUAGCAGUGCUCUCUCUCCUGGCGGCCCGGCACUCCUAAAUGAGUACUAUUGACAGGAAAAUUUUGUGUCCUACUUUUGCUUUUUUAGUUAGCUGUCGACUCCAUAAUUACUGCACGAAGCCUCAAUUCCUGGAGAGCGCCAGGAGUAAUUACAUCUUUAUACAACCCUUUAAAAACAAGUGUCAAGAGCUGCAUGGCUGUGGACAUGAGAAAGGCGACUCAUAACAUCACCAAAACCUAUGGUGGUGGUCACGUGGUAACACAGACACCGCACCCGCCAGUCAGCCGGUGCGGCGGUUGAAGUAUAUAGAAUGACUGUCGCCAACAGCUGCCAUAAUGGCCUGUCCAAUUGUUUGCUUAACUUGAAAAUGCAGAGGAAAUGCUCUCUCCUUUUGUCCCAUAAAGUACUGAAUGGAUUUGGCUUUUGGCAGCAGGGUCAUAGUGUCUGUGUACACGUCAGUGGUAUCUGGUACCACGAGACCGCCACAACAGAUUUUAUAUGCUGGAUUGCUUUUUUCACGUUCAAAGCUACGCUGUAUCGUAGGAGUGUGUUUUAAGCUUGACGCUCUAAAAUGUAGCAUGAUUAUUUGUUGUGCUCUUGGGGAAUCGAGGCUCCAUAGCAUAAUUAAUGGGUCAACGGCUAUCUAAUAUCGCCAUAUAAUUGAGACAAAUUUUGCAGAAGUACUCCUUUAAGGCUGUGCUUGGAGUGUUCGUUUUGUACUCACAGUUGCAGUUACAAAUGUUAUCUUUGGUAUGCGAAUGUGGUCAGCUGUGCGCAUCCACAUGCGAUUUUUUUAUUUAGUUGGCUUCAAUUGCAGACAUUAAAAAAAUAUAUACAUAUAUAUUCGAAGCAAUCUGCAUGCAAGCAAGAAAACCUUUCAGAUGAAUACAGUGCAUUAUGAAGCACACAAGGUCCUUGGCUGACUGUGGCAGUGCUCUGUUAUUAGUGCGCUACUAGUUCUAUCAGGGAGUUGUCGCUGCAAAUAUGAAAUGAAUGUACCAGACACAGCCUUGAAACCAUAUUGCCAUGGAGCUAUACAGUUUGCUUGAUGCUUGCAUAAUCAGCAAAUAUACAUAACCUACAUACUCAAUAGCGCAUGUCGGGAGAGUUAAAAUUAGGGCUAAUUGAUGUACUGCUGGAAUAACAAAGACUUAGACGAAACAAUGCAGGAAAUGUGAUUUUCUCCUGUGUUCCUUGCACUUUUGUUGUAUCAGUAGCACGUUUCACUUAGCAUGUCAGACAUUGUUGGAACUGUGCACCUUUUGAUGGAUUGUAAACGUUUCCCCCUGUAAAGUGGUGGGUUGCAUUUACUGUGACAGUAAUUGGAGCACCAACUUUUUCUGUGCACAACAUUGCUGCUCAUAAGUGGCGAGUUAAUUUUAUUGUGACAGCCGUCAAGACAACUUUUUCUAUGCUCACACAGUCUACGUGGUCAUUUGUGCCUUGUGCUACAUUAAUCCGUGUGGAGAACAGGCUACUGUGAUAUUUUGUAAUGCAUUCAAAGGGCCCACAGGACCUGUAUGAAUCACUGGCAUCUCCUAUGUAUUUACAAUGUCUGCUUUAGACAACUUUCCUCUCAUUUUUAUAGUUUUCAUAUGUGUGUGAUGUGUUUCUCUUCUCUUCACACAUCUGUAUUCUUUGUUCCAAAUUCUGCAUUGUUGUGAAACUACUUUACGCACAUUAAGUGUACAUUUAAUGUUGCGCAAAAUAUAUUUGUUGCACAGAAGAUGCAUUAGGUUGGUGUGUUGGCACUUUUUGAUGGUAUCUUAAUGGGCAAUAAGUGUGUUCAUUUCUUAGGUUAAAAAUGUAUGUUAGUUUGAACUUGCUUAUCAAUGUUUCCGUUAUCUGUGCUCCUGUCUAGAAGCCAACAAUGGUGCCACCCUCGUGAAGACAUUCCUUGAAAAUAUCACGAAGAAAUCUAAAGUGAUAAAACGUUGGCAUACAAGGGAAUUAUGGAGCUUGAUGAAAACAAGUCUCCCUAUCAAAAUAUUGACUCUAGGCAGUUUUUUUUUUUCCCUGCCUUUCCCUGACUCUUUGUCUUACGAAGAAUUUUAUGUGUUGCUGCUAGCUUAGGCAUGUGAUAAAUGAUAGUCUUCAUCUUCGAGUACUUAACGAGCGAGGGUUGUUGAAAUAUUUCCUGCAUUUUAUGGCAAAGCAUGAUAAAUAUACAGACUUUAGUUUUUCAUGCUGAUUUCAAAUAUGCAAUAAUUUUUCAUGUAGGUCAGUUAGUUCAGGAGAUAGAUAGAGCUACCACUCUAUUUUUCUGGCAACCAUAUGAAAAAAAAACUGCUCAGCAGAAAGCUAGUAUUAUUGGAUGGGUAGAUACUAGAAUAUGCAAUAAAUGCAGUGCUGGAAGCAGUUUUCAAAUCAAAUCAUAAUUAGUCAUUCCGCAGAUUAUCGAAGUGCAGUGUUUGUACUACGACUAUUGAAAGAAAAAACAAAUCAAAUCUAAAAUAUAUGGGCAGGAAAUUAAGAAUCUGCUCCCAGCACUACCUGAUAUACUGACUGGGCUUUGCUGAAAAAAAGAAUUUAGCUCGUUUUUCUAGAUCAUUAGAUAUCACUCCCAACAAAUUAAUAAAGUGACCACAAAACAUGUUUUGAGAAAAAGUGCAGUUUCAGCGUCAACUUCGACUCAGAUUCACCUUGUACAUUUAGCAUAAAAGGUUACUGUGGCUAAAAUAGUAUUUUAUAAGUAUAAAAUUGGGUAUAUAUGUACAAAAGUACCUGUAAUUUUCAAAAAUACAAUUGUCAAAAAUCAAUUCCUUGCGAUUUUUUGGUCUCUACAACCCACGUCCCCGUCCCCCCUUAAAAGGGCCCUGAACCACUUUUUAUCGAAGUG